GGGAAGUCCUGCAUAUUGUGACUCUCAACUGUAUUGUCUGCAGCUUCUUUGCACAAUAGCAGUUGAUUUUUUUUUUAAAUAAGGAUUAAAUUAAUUGAAUUUCCAAUUAUGGAAAAUAUGGAAUUCCAAAGCAGAGCUCACUCCUAUAUGAUUCCAGAGAAUGAAGAAGUUCCACACAGGGGUAUUCAUGAUGUCCAUAAUACCAAUGGAAAUGAAGGCGAGAAAGCAGUGUCAAAAUUACAACGUAGGCACAGUGACAUAAAAGUAUACAAAGAAUUUUGUGACUUUUAUGCAAGAUUUAAUAUGGCAAAUGCUCUUGCAAAUGCCAUAUGUGAGCGCUGCAAAGGGGGCUUUGCACCUGCUGAGAAGAUUGUUAACAGCAAUGGUGAACUGUACCAUGAACAGUGUUUUGUGUGUGCUCAGUGCUUUCAGCAGUUCCCUGAAGGGCUCUUUUACGAGUUCGAAGGAAGGAAAUAUUGUGAACAUGAUUUUCAGAUGCUUUUUGCCCCUUGCUGUCAUCAGUGUGGUGAGUUCAUUAUCGGUCGUGUUAUUAAAGCUAUGAAUAAUAGCUGGCAUCCAGAAUGCUUCUGCUGUGACAUCUGCCAACAAGUACUGGCAGAUAUUGGAUUUGUCAAGAAUGCUGGCAGGCAUCUUUGCCGUCCUUGUCACAACCGGGAGAAAGCCAGGGGUCUGGGAAAAUACAUCUGCCAGAAGUGCCAUGCCAUUAUUGAUGAACAACCGCUUAUAUUCAAGAAUGAUCCCUAUCAUCCUGAUCAUUUCAACUGUGCCAAUUGCGGGAAGGAACUUACUGCUGAUGCUCGUGAGUUGAAGGGAGAAUUAUAUUGUUUGCCAUGCCAUGAUAAAAUGGGUGUCCCCAUCUGUGGUGCAUGUAGGAGACCAAUUGAAGGACGAGUGGUGAAUGCUAUGGGGAAACAGUGGCAUGUGGAGCAUUUUGUUUGUGCAAAGUGUGAAAAGCCAUUUCUUGGUCAUCGUCACUAUGAGAGGAAGGGUUUGGCAUAUUGUGAAACCCAUUACAAUCAGCUGUUUGGUGAUGUUUGUUUCCACUGUAAUCGUGUGAUUGAAGGAGAUGUUGUGUCUGCUCUGAAUAAGGCAUGGUGUGUGAACUGUUUCGCUUGUUCCACUUGCAACACUAAGUUAACACUCAAGAACAAAUUUGUUGAAUUUGAUAUGAAGCCUGUCUGCAAGAAAUGCUAUGAGAAGUUUCCUUUGGAGCUGAAGAAGAGAUUGAAGAAACUAGCUGAAACUUUAGGGAGGAAGUAAAGCCUCCUUCUAAUCUCAUCUUCCUGUGCAAAAACGAGAAAAUAUUACAGCUAUUACUUGACUUCUAUUUUAUUUUUCUUUGAGGCUGCAAUUAGCAAUACAUAAGCAAAAAAAAUGAGUUUCCUUGAUGCAUGACUAGCUUUAUACUAAAGUACUUUCCUCCUUAUCUCCUGCAAAACAUGCAUCUAAAAACCCUCUACAUUUUCUAUAAACCUCAUAACUGGCAAAAACAAAAUAUAUCUUCAGUUCUGUACUUGACAUUUACAUGUAUACAUAUUUGUUGAUAUGUAGAUUGUACUUGCAUAGUAAAUUGCAGAUACAAAUUCAUGUUAAACUCUUAUGGCUCUGGUACUGCAGUGGGAUCUGCCUUGUACCCAUUGAUAUCAGUGGGAUUCUGUGCAGACAUAAGAUCUGCUUGUGCAUAUCCUUCAAGGACUUAACAGAUAAGCCUAGCUUUCUGUACACAAAGAGUGCUGUUGAAGUUAAUGGUAAUACUUGUGCACAGAAUUAAGCAUGUUUGUAAGUCUUUAAAUGACUGUAGCAUCCCUUAUAAGUGCAACCACUGCAAAAGUGUAGUGCCUUUAAUAGACAAUUCUUACAUAAUUAAUCUUUGUAUAUCAGACUUAAAAGUUGUAAUGGAAAUACAGAAAACAUAUUCCUGUUGCAAGAAAUAUGCAUAUUCAGAGCUACCUGAAUUUUGCUGUUCCAUUUAAGAUAAUCCAAUAACAUUCAUGAGUGUUUUUGUAUUUUACUUACAUUUUGUGCCUUAUUCUUCUGUAUCUUUCACAAUAGUAUUCCAAAAAUUUGAUGCAUUAAAUAGAUAUACAGUUUUAUUUUUAUUUUAUAUUUUUAUGCAGAAAAUGUAUACCAGGUAUUAUAAGAGAUAAUACGCUUUAACUACUUCAACUCUAUAGGACGUAUGCAGUUGUUUUUUCAAAUAUUGAGAACACCUGAAUUUUAAAAAAUACAUUA